CAGUAAACACUCGAUACCCUCCAAAAACAUUGCCACAGGAACUGCCAAAUUACUUGAUUUUAAAUUUAUAUAAAUAUAAUCAGACCAUGACUUACCACCAUGCCUCAAUACUCUCUCCUUUUCUGGUAUUUUUCCCACUGCAAAUUUUUCCCCCUUUUUUUUUUCUCUCCUUUUUCAAUCUUUCUUGGGAUAGAUUGAUCAGGCCGGACAUGGCUGAUUCAUUCGAUGAAGAGUGUGAUUACCUGUUCAAGGCUGUUCUUAUUGGAGACUCCGGUGUCGGGAAAUCAAACCUUCUCUCCAGAUUUGCAAAGGGUGAAUUUCGCUUAGAUUCAAAGCCCACCAUAGGGGUUGAAUUCGCUUACCGGAAUAUAAAGGUUGCUGACAAGCUCAUCAAGGCUCAGAUAUGGGACACUGCCGGCCAAGAAAGGUUUAGAGCCAUUACCAGCUCAUAUUACCGUGGAGCAUUAGGAGGGUUGCUAGUCUAUGACAUAACGAGGCGAGCAACGUACGAGAAUGUGAAGAAAUGGUUGCGGGAGCUCCGACAGUUCGGUAGUUCAGACAUGGUGGUUGUUCUUGUGGGUAACAAAUCUGAUUUGGGUCACUCCAGAGAAGUGGGCGAGGAAGAAGGAAAAGAACUUGCCGAGGGAGAAGGUUUAUGCUUCAUGGAAACAUCUGCAUUACAGAAUCUGAAUGUGGAGGAAGCAUUUCUGCAUAUGAUUACUAAAAUCCACGAAAUCACAAGCCAAAAAAGUUUAGAAGCUAAAACAAAUGGAACCUCCAUAAGUCUUGGCAGUGGAGAAAAAAUAGUCUGUAUUGAUCAUGAAGUAACGGCUACUAAACAAUCAAGUUGUUGCUCAAGGUAGAGCUAGAGCUAAUUACAAGAUUUGGAGAUGUUCUUUUCUUUUCUUUUUUUCA